UUUAUUCUUUCUUCUCUCCUCUCAUGAACAAUUCUCUUUCUAAACUCUAAACUUCAAUUCUCUUUCUCCUUUUCCUCUGAACAAUUCUCAUCUAAACUUCAAACAAUUCUCACUAAAAAUAAAUUCAAGAAAGCAAGAUCAGCAACACUCGGUAACAAAAAAAAAAAAAAAGUCAAAUGGAGAAAGAAAAGAAGAGGUUUGUGCUUGUCCACGGGGUCUGCCAUGGGGCAUGGUGUUGGUACAAGAUAAUACCACAUCUCGAGGCUGCCGGUCACGGCGUGGUUGCAGUGGAUCUUGCUGCGUCGGGUAUAAGCACGAUCAAAGUGGAAGAGAUCCAGAGCUUAGAAGAUUACUCCAAACCCCUGCUUGAGGUUCUCAGCUCGUAUGAUGAAGAACAAGUGAUAAUUGUUGCUCAUAGCAUGGGAGGCAUACCAGCUGCUCUAGCUGCCGACAUCUUCCCUCGUAAGAUCGCUGCUAUCGUCUUCUUGACAGCUACUAUGCCCGACGUCACGAACCCUCCUGCUUACCCUUUCGAAAAGUUUGUCCCAAGCAUUCCACAAGAAGAGUUGUUGGACACCGUGUUCCGUAGCUACGGAUCUUUACAUACUGUUCUUUUCGGACCAGAGUUCAUGGCCAAGAAACUAUAUCAACACUCUCCCGUCCAAGAUCUUGAACUGGCCAAGUUGUUGGCGAGGGAAAGUCCUGCUUUAGCUGCGGACAAUCUUGCAGGGACAAGAAGCUUCAGUGAGGAAGGGUAUGGAUCGGUUACACGUAUUUAUAUUAUCUGCGGGGAGGAUAAUUUAAUAGGUGAGGAGUACCAGCGUUUGAUAAUCAACAACUUUAAGCCAAAGGAAGUAAUGAAGAUCGAAGAUGCAGAUCAUAUGGCAAUGUUAUCCAAGCAUCAAGAACUAUGUGCUUGUCUCUUAGAAAUAGCAGAUAAAUAUGCAUAAAUCAAGACAACAGAAGCUAUAUUGGAAUAUCUAUAUUUAACUUCCAAAAAACACAUAAAUCAAGGGCUGAACAGGUUGGUUAACAGUGUAAGGGGAUGCAAACUCUCAUAUACUUAUGUUUCAAUGUUAUCCAAGCAUCAAGAACUAUGUGCUUGUC